AUUAAAUAUUAGAAAUCAAUUCGAUCUAUGUAAAGAUGGCUUGCAAAAGGAAGACGAGGCUGUGGGUGCCUCAGGACAGUUCGGACAUGAGGACAACCACACAGAUAAUGCUGGAGCAGGGAUCUCGACCACAGCGCACAAUAUGCACCACCGAGCACAAGUUGGUCAACUUUCAGUCCUUUAAUAUGGAUGAUCCGCGUUAUGGCCCAAUCGAUACUGAGGAGGAGCUGGUACAACCGCUGAGAUCUGGCUAUAUGCGUGAAUUCACCCAGCCAUAUCCAUCGCGUUGUAAGCCACUCGAACCGAAAGGGGGAACUCCCGACUUUAUGUUCAAUCGCUUGCCAAAGAAUGACUUUGAUCCGAAUACAGGAACUGAUUACAAGUUUCUCGACGACCACAUGCAUAUUAUUCCCGAAGUUCGCAAGAAAGUCAACUUUUUUCGUCAAUUGCGCAAUCAAUCAUUUCUGCUUUAUUGAAUGCAGCGAAAUUUCAAAAUUGUAAUGGCUGAAAAGAAAAAGAAAAGAAAUUGCUAUUGUUGAGUUUCGUGAGCAUAA